AUGUCCCAAGAAGAAUCUGUGACGGCGGACAUUCAAGUAGGUGAUGAUCACCGCCAAAUUGAAAAAGAAGUUGAGUUAGAAAAAGUAAUUCAGGAAGAGUAUAAACUUUGGAAACAAAAUGUUCCUUUCCUUUACGAUUUAGUUAUUACUCAUGCUUUGGAAUGGCCGUCUCUGACGGUUCAAUGGUUACCAGAUAAACACACAGUUCCAGGCAAGGACUACUCGGUUCAACGACUACUCCUAGGAACCCAUACUUCAGGGCAUGAUCAAAACUAUUUACAAGUGGCUUCUGUCCAGUUGCCCAAUUUCGACGAAGAUACUGUCGAUAUCACACCUGCUAAUGUCCGUAGAGCUCAUCAUGAAGGCUCUUACAACAUCGAAGUUAGUCAAAAAAUCUGUCACGAUGGCGAAGUAAAUCGUGCUCGCUAUAUGCCUCAAAAUUCUGACAUUGUUGCUACUAUGGGCGUUGCCGGGAACGCCUACGUUUUCAACUUGAAUGAUCAUGGUGCUUUACCGACAAACAAUUCUUCCCCACAAGCUAUCCUUCGUGGUCAUACCUCCGAAGGGUAUGGCCUUUGCUGGAACCCUAACCAGCCAGGUCGUUUGGCGACGGCCGCUGAAGACCAACUCAUUUGUUUAUGGGACAUCAACACGUCCUCUUUUUCGGCUACCGAGUCAGUAGAUUUGUCUCCUACCGCAAAAUUCCACCGUCAUUCUGAUAUUGUUAAUGAUGUCCAAUAUCAUCCUCAACAUGAAGCUCUUUUGGUUUCAGUGUCCGACGAUUGCACUUUGCAAAUACACGAUACUAGAUUGAAUCCUAACGAUCGUGCUCCUAAGGUUAUUCAUGCACAUUCGAACGCCAUUAAUGCUGUAGCCAUUAACCCUUUCAAUGACUACUUACUAGCUACUGCCAGUGCUGAUAAAACCGUUGCUCUCUGGGACCUUCGCAGUCCUCACCAGCGCCUUCAUACAUUAGAAGGACACGAAGACGAUGUCUACGGCUUAGAGUGGUCCCCUCAUGAUGAACCAAUUUUGGCCUCCAGUUCUACUGAUCGCCGUGUUUGUAUAUGGGAUCUGGCCAAAAUUGGAGAAGAACAGUCCGCGGAGGAUGCUGAGGAUGGCGUUCCCGAAUUGUUAUUCAUGCAUGGUGGACACACAAACAGAAUUUCAGAAUUCAGCUGGUGCCCAAAUGAACGAUGGGUACUUGCGAGUAUAGCCGACGAUAACAUUCUUCAGGUAUGGAGUCCUUCCAGAGUUCUUUGGGGUCGUGAUGAUGUACAAAUCUCAUCUCGCGAUUUAGAGUAA